AUGAUUACCAUAACUGCACAAGAGAUCAUCGAACAAUGUCCCAGUACGGUACUAGAUAGGAUUGAAAAGCUCAAACGAGGGCCAAUGUCGCCCGAUCAUGAUAAUCUACAGUCACAAUCGUCAUCACCAAAUUUAAGUCAACUAAUACACUCAACUCUAACUACAUCCAUACCCAUCGCUUCCACUCAAGAUCAUCAACCACCGCCCAUAAGCACCAGCGUCAAUAUCAACGACGUGAUACUCGACGUAGAAAACCUACCGCAAUUCCCACCCCAACAAACUACCACCAGCUACGAUUUCGAUAAUGAGAUGGAUUUAACCACCACCACUGAGAACACUAACCAUCCAGAAGUGACUGAGUAUUUGAAAUCCAAGAAAGAUCAUCAAUUGAAGUUUUUAAAGGAGGUAAAGAUGAAAGGAUUGUUGUUGAAGGGGGGAAAUAGACAAGGAGGGGUCGAUCAAACCCAAACCAACAAGUUUAUGAAUUAUUGA